AAGAUGGAUAUGGCAUAUCGAAAUGCUGUUCAGCUUCACGUCGCCAAUCAAUUAGAAUACUUUUUGGAAUACAAUGAGAGGCCGCGAUUUCAAAUAAAUGAUGAUCCAUUUCAACUCUCAGAACGACAAUUCGUUAAACUCUUUCGAUUAAAAAAAGAUACUACAAUCAGACUGAUAAAUAUUGUAGAAGAACAUUCAGCAGUACCAUUACGAACUUCAGUUUUGAAUGCUACUGUACAGGUUUUAACUGCAUUACGUUUUUAUGCGUCUGGUAGCUAUCAAAAUUGCGUUGGAAGUAAUGUUCAUAUGCGUAUCAGUCAAACAUCAGUCAGCCGAUGCAUUCAUAACGUUACUAAUAUUCUGAACUUACCAGAAGUAUUUAACACAUGGGUGUACUUUCCUAAUAACAUACAGGAAUUACAAGAGAUACGUAACAAAUUUUGGAUAGAAAAGCGUUUUCCUGGAGCAAUUGGAUGUAUAGAUUGCACUCACAUUGCAAUAUUCCCACCUCCGAAAGGAGAUGCAAAUUAUCCUGAACAUAACUAUGUGAAUAGAAAAGGAUAUACAGUUGGACCAAUAAGUGUUAAAAUAUUUUGAUCUAUUUCUGUUAAGACUUGACUUGAGGCAGG